GCCCAGAGACCCUGCAGCGGUUGCGGCGCUGUUCAGCUUCAAUCUGUUCAGAUUACCAGAAGACGUCUGAGUACAGGGAAGGACACUGCUCGUUCUACCCUCAAUAAAUUGUUACCAGAUUGCGGUUCCUAUUCGGGCACGGCAGAGAGAGUGGAUGUAAACAAUAUAGGGGUUUCCCUUUCGUCAGGUUCUUCCAGAAUCUUCUAUUUUGUAUCCUAAUUAAUUGAUGCAGUUGAACAGCGAUUAAAGCAGGUGAUAUCGAUCUGGUUGAAUGGACACGACAAGUGAGAGGCCGGUGGUGAAGAUGCCGGGAGCUGUGUCUCUUUCGGACCGUGAAAUCCCCCCGGGUCAUGGGCAGCAAGGGUGCUCUGGUACCGGGAAAAUAAUGGUAUCUGGCUCGGGUUCUAUGGUUCUACCGGGCGGGAUAAUCAACCCGCAGGUGCCCAUCCGGAAUAUCAAGAUGAAAUUCGCGGUUCUGAUCGGAUUGAUCCAGGUGGGGGAGGUUAGCAACAGGGAUAUCGUGGAGACUGUGCUCAACCUGCUGGUGGGGGGCGAGUUUGACCUGGAGCAGAACUUCAUCAUAGCGGCAGCGGAGAGCCUGGGCUGUGUAGUAGAGCUGUUGGAGCACUGUGAUGUGACCUGCCAGGCUGAGGUGUGGUCCAUGUUCACAGCCAUCCUCAGGAAGAGUGUCCGCAACCUCCAGACCAGCACUGAGGUGGGCCUCAUAGAGCAGCUGCUGCUGAAGAUGAGCUCCGUUGACGACAUGAUCGCAGACCUGCUGGUGGAUAUGUUAGGAGUGCUGGCCAGCUACAGCAUCACAGUGAAGGAGCUCAAAUUGCUGUUCAGUAUGCUGAGGGGAGACCGAGAACUCUGGCCGAGGCAUGCAGUGAAGCUGCUGUCUGUUCUGAACCAGAUGCCUCAGAGACACGGUCCAGACACUUUCUUCAACUUCCCCGGACGCAGUGCUGCGGCCAUAGCGCUGCCUCCCAUUGCUAAGUGGCCUUACCAGAACGGCUUCACUCUCAACACCUGGUUCAGAAUGGACCCUCUAAACAACAUCAAUGUAGACAAAGACAAACCAUAUCUCUACUGCUUUCGCACCAGUAAAGGAAUCGGCUACUCUGCACAUUUCGUGGGCAACUGUCUGAUCGUGACAUCGCUGAAGUCUAAAGGCAAAGGCUUCCAGCACUGUGUCAAAUAUGACUUUCAACCUAGGAAGUGGUACAUGAUCAGCAUCGUCCAUAUCUACAACCGCUGGAGGAACAGUGAGAUCCGUUGCUACGUCAAUGGUCAGCUGGUCUCCUAUGGCGACAUGGCCUGGCACGUCAACACCAGCGAUAGUUAUGAUAAGUGCUUCCUGGGUUCGUCGGAGACAGCUGAUGCUAACAGGGUAUUCUGUGGUCAGCUGGGGGCCAUCUAUGUGUUCUCUGAGGCUCUCAACCCAGCUCAGAUAUUUGCCAUUCAUCAGCUGGGAGCGGGCUAUAAGAGUACGUUUAAGUUUAAGUCGGAGAGUGACAUCCACCUGGCAGAGCACCAUAAGCAGGUCCUGUAUGAUGGGAAGCUGGCCAGCUCCAUCUCCUUCACCUACAACGCCAAGGCUACAGACGCCCAGCUCUGCCUGGAGUCAUCGCCCAAGGAGAACGCCUCCAUCUUCGUCCACUCACCCCACGCCCUUAUGCUACAGGAUGUGAAGGCCAUAGUGACCCACUCCAUCCACAGUGCCAUCCACUCAAUAGGAGGGAUCCAGGUGCUGUUCCCUCUCUUCUCCCAGCUGGACUACCAUCAACCCAACGACCAGCACAACUACCAGCACCAUGAGACCCAGCUGGAGACUACCGUCUGUGCCACCCUCCUGGUGUUCCUGGUUGACCUGUUGAAGAGCUCAGUGGCGAUGCAGGAACAGAUGCUGGGAGGGAAAGGAUUCCUUGUAAUCGGGUUUCUGCUGGAGAAGUCCUCCAGGGUCCACAUCACUCGUGCGGUCCUGGAGCAGUUCCUGUCCUUCGCUAAGUACCUGGAUGGGUUAACCCAUGGAGCGCCACUCCUCAAACAGCUCUGUGACCACAUCCUGUUCAACGCAGCCAUCUGGAUACACACCCCCGCCAAGGUCCAGCUCUCUCUGUACACAUACCUGUCUGCAGAGUUUAUCGGCACAGCAACCAUCUACAACACCAUCCGUCGUAUUGGGACUGUGCUGCAGCUGAUGCACAGUCUGAAGUACUACUACUGGACCUGUAACCCUGAGGCCAGCAGUGGCAUUACACCUAAAGGACUGGAUGGUCCAAGGCCCACCCAGCAGGAGAUCAUCUCUCUCAGGGCUUUCAUGUUGCUGUUCCUUAAACAACUCAUCCUCAAGGACCGAGGUGUGAAGGAAGAUGAGCUGCAGAGUAUCCUGAACUACCUGCUAACCAUGCAUGAGGAUGAUAAUAUCCAUGAUGUUCUUCAGCUGGUAGUGGCUCUGAUGUCAGAACACCCAGCCUCCAUGAUUCCAGCUUUCGACCAGAGGAACGGCAUAAGGGUGAUGUACAAGCUGCUGGCCUCGAAGACUGAGAGCAUCAGAGUCCAGUCCCUCAAAGUCCUAGGAUACUUUCUCAAACACCUGGGACACAAAAGGAAGGUUGAGAUCAUGCACACACACAGUCUCUUCACUCUCUUGGGGGAGAGGCUGAUGCUUCACACUAAUACUGUGUCAGUGACCAUCUACAACGCGCUGUACGAGAUCCUGACAGAGCAGGUGUGUACCCAGGUUGUCCACAAACCCCACCCUGAACCAGACUCUACAAUCAAGAUACAGAACCCCAUGAUCCUUAAGGUAGUAGCGACCCUGUUGAAGAGCUCGUCCCCCAGCGUUGAGCUGAUGGAGGUUCGACGUCUCUUCCUCUCAGACAUGAUCAAACUGUUCAGCAACAGCCGCGAAAACCGACGGUGUCUGCUGCAGUGUUCAGUAUGGCAGGACUGGAUGUUCAGUCUGGGCUAUAUCAACCCUAAAAACCCAGAGGAACAGAAGAUGAUGGAGAUGGUCUAUAGCCUCUUCAGGAUCCUGCUCUACCAUGCUAUCAAGUAUGAGUGGGGAGGUUGGAGGGUCUGGGUGGAUACACUCUCCAUCGCUCACUCCAAGGUAACAUACGAGGCCCAUAAGGAGUACCUGGCUAAGAUGUAUGAGGACUACCAGCGUCAGGAAGAGGAGAACAUUAAGAAGGGGAGGAAGGGUCUGGUCAGCACCAUCUCAGGCCUGCAGGACCUCCAGGCCGGGGGCAUCCAGGGGAACAUGGAGAUCAGAGAGAUAGACUCCCAGACACAGACCCCGGAGAGCGAGGCCGACUACCCCGAGACCCCCGGCCACCCCCGGAACACACCGUCAGAGGGGAAGACAAGGGAGGAGGGGGGGCUCGGGGGGACAGGGACGACGGGGUCAGGGGUCAGAGUGGAGGUUCAUGACCUGUUGGUGGACAUCAAGGCUGAAAAGGUGGAAGCCACAGAGGUGAAGCUGGAUGACCUGGACCUGUCUCCAGAGCCGCUGGGCGUGACAGUGGGUGUGGCCGGGGGUGUUGUCUCUGAGGACAGGGGCGGGGCGUUGGUCCAGGUGGACUCCCUAUUGGACAACGUUUACUGUGCUGCUGUAGAGAAGCUAAGCAGCAGCGCCGCCAGUGGAGUACUGGUCCCCAACGCAACUGUCGCCGUCGCGCCCGACAACCACAACACUGGUCCCCUCAUCACCCUUGCUGAUGACGACAAGGACAGUCUCCCUAGCAACAGCAGCUUCAUGUUUGGCCAGGAAGAGCCCCUGGUCCUGCCAAGUCCUGGUUCUAACCCUGAUCCAGACCCUGAGUCCCCUUUCCCCCCGGGCCACAGCCAUGACCUGGGCCUGCUGGACCACAUGACUGGCAGCUCUGAGCUGGGGACCAUCGGCAUGGUCGGCACGGUCACUCCUGGUGGUCCGAUCAGCAGCAUCCUGGAGGAAGAUAGAUUUAAGCUCCAGACCACCCUGGGUGACGUCACCUCCAUGCCCAGGGAAGAGGCCUGCUCUAAGGGGUCAGAGUUCACAGAGACCGGGGCUGGAGCUAGGGUUGAAGGGUCUGGGUUGUCGGAGGGGGGCGAGCCCUUGGCUGGUGGGAAAGGUAGUGGGACAGAUGCAGUCAGCAACACCUCAGACACUGAGAGGUCAGACGAAGGAAAGGAGGUUAAGAAGAUUCAGACCACUGCUACUACACAGUCCCUCCAUAGUCGUACAGCAGCCCAGUUAGAGCGUGACCUGCGUGUGGACCUGGGCUUCAGAGGGAUGCCCAUGACAGAGGAGCAGCGACGCCAGUUCAGCCCAGGCCCUCGCACCACCAUGUUCCGCAUCCCAGAGUUCAAGUGGUCGGCCAUGCACCAGCGCCUCCUCACCGACCUGCUGUUGGCCCUGGAGACAGACGUCCACAUCUGGAGGAGCCAUUCAACCAAAUCCGUCAUGGAUUUUGUCAACAGCAAUGAGAACAUCAUCUUUGUCCACAACACCAUCCACCUCCUCUCUCAGAUGGUAGACAACAUCAUCAUCGCCUGUGGAGGGAUCCUUCCUCUGCUCUCUGCUGCCACCUCUCCUUCUAGUACCCAGGUUAGUGCAUAUGCUGCUGAGUUGGAGAACAUCGAGGCGACCCAGGGCAUGUCUUCAGAGACGGCGGUGUCCUUCCUGUCCCGUCUGAUGGCCAUGGUGGACGUUCUGGUGUUCGCCAGCUCACUCAACUUCUCUGAGAUAGAGGCUGAGAAGAACAUGUCCUCUGGAGGCCUGAUGAGACAGUGUCUACGACUGGUGUGUUGUGUAGCAGUGAGGAACUGUCUGGAUGUUAGACAGAGACAGAGGGACAGAGGGACCAACAGUAAAAGCCAGGACAACCUGUAUGGUGCAGCAUCUGCCAACAAGGACCCUGACAGACUUCUACAGGACGUCGAUAUCAAUCGUCUGAGAGCUGUCGUGUUUCGGGAUGUGGAUGACAGCAAGCAGGCCCAGUUCUUGGCACUAGCGGUGGUCUACUUUAUCUCUGUCCUCAUGGUGUCAAAGUACAGGGACAUCCUGGAACCACAGAGAGAGACCAACAGGAUGAUCAGCCAAUCAGCAUACAGCAUUCGCCACGAGAUCAACUCAUCUACCAGCACAAAGACCCCCCUGGCGUACCCUGACCAAAGUAAGGAGCCCCCCACCCCUGUUGAGGAGCUCCACAUAGAGAGAGGCUGUCUGCCACACACCGACUCUGGCAUUGGAGAGGAACAGAUGGCCAGUGUGUUAAACGGGGCAGACUUGGACACUUCAGGACCCGGGCGAGCUGACGCCAUGUCCUCCCUGCUCAGCAGCCUCUCCUCUGGGGAGAAGCAUAGCCAAGAGUCCCUCUUGGAGCCGCCUGGCCUGGAGGUCCUAAGGACCACCUCCUCCAUCUCCUCCAUCAGCCACUCAAACAUCAACGUACGAAGAAUCCUGAAGAGCCUAGUGGCUGGGCCUGUAGAGGGGGUGGAACCUGGACCAGAGCCCCUCCCCUACCCUGAUCUUGCCGUACAGAGAGAGACCCAUUCCCCCAUGCUGCCCAUGCAGUUCCACUCCUUUGACAGGAGUGUGGUGGUCCCAGUGAAGAAGCCUCCACCAGGCAGUCUGGCUGUGAACACGGUUGGACACGCAUCCUCCAGCAGCCUGGCAACAGGCUCCACCCCCAACAUCUUUGUUGCAGCCUCCAACACCCCCAAGAGCAUGAUCAACACCACUGGAGCUACAGACUCGGCCUCCUCUUCCUCCACCUCCUCCUCAUCCUUCGUCAACGGGGCCACCAGUAAGAACCUGCCCGCUGUCCAGCCGGUGGCACCCAUGCCUGAAGACACAGUGGAAAACAUGAGUAUCACUACUAAGUUGGAGCGUGCGCUGGAGAAGGUGGCCCCCCUGCUCAGGGAGAUCUUUGUGGACUUUGCACCGUUCCUCUCUAGGACCCUGUUGGGAAGCCAUGGUCAGGAGCUGCUCAUAGAAGGUUUGGUGUGUAUGAAGUCCAGCACCUCCGUAGUAGAACUAGUCAUGCUGCUCUGCUCUCAGGAGUGGCAGAACUCAAUCCAGAAAAAUGCCGGCCUCGCCUUCAUCGAGCUCAUCAACGAGGGAAGAUUGCUGUGUCAUGCUAUGAAGGACCACAUCGUGCGUGUUGCCAACGAGGCAGAGUUCAUCCUCAACAGACAGAGAGCAGAAGAUGUCCACAAACACGCUGAGUUUGAGUCUAACUGUGCCCAGUACACUGCUGAUCGGAGGGAGGAGGAGAAGAUGUGUGAUCACCUGAUCAGCGCUGCCAAGCACAGAGACCAUGUGACUGCCAACCAGCUUAAACAGAAGAUACUCAACAUCCUCACCAAUAAGCAUGGAGCCUGGGGCAGCCUGGCACAGAGUCAGCUGAAUGACUUCUGGCGUCUGGAUUACUGGGAGGACGACUUACGGAGGAGGCGGAGAUUCGUACGGAACCCCUUUGGCUCCACCCACCUGGACAUCCCCUGCAAGAUGCUGGACGACUAUGGCAGCAAGGAGGAUGAGUUGGUCAAGUCGAAGAAGGGGUUCCACAGCCAGACAGUAGCCAAUCAGAGCCCAGAGACGGACCUGAUGUUGGAUGGAGACGAUGACACUGCCAGUCUGCUGCAGGAGAAAGAGAUGGACAACCUGGCUGGCCCAGUGGUCCUCAGCACCCCGGCCCAGCUCGUGGCCCCGGUAAUAGUGGCACGAGGGACGCUCUCCAUCACGACGACCGAGAUAUAUUUCGAAGUGGACGAGGAUGACCCCUCCUUCAAACUGCUUGACUCCACGUCACAGCAACAGACAAGAGGAACCAGGAAGGGGUAUUACAUCCAGGUUCUGGCAUACUCAGAGGGUCUGCAUGGUAAAUGGAUGUUCAGUGAGAUCAGAGCAGUCUUCUCCAGGCGAUACCUGCUCCAGAACACUGGCCUGGAGGUCUUCAUGGCCAACAGGACGUCAGUGAUGUUUAACUUCCCAGACCAAGCCACAGUGAAGAAGGUGGUCUACAGUCUACCCAGGGUCGGAGUAGGAACCAGCUAUGGCCUACCACAAGCCAGGCGUAUCUCCAUGGCGACGCCCCGGCAGCUCUUCAAGUCGUCCAACAUGACCCAGCGCUGGCAGAGGAGGGAGAUCUCCAACUUCGAGUACCUCAUGUUCCUCAACACCGUCGCAGGGAGGACCUACAAUGAUCUGAACCAGUACGCCGUGUUUCCCUGGGUUCUCACCAACUACGAGUCCGAGGAGCUGGACCUCACCCUGCCGGGCAACUUCAGAGAUCUCUCCAAGCCAAUUGGAGCAUUGAACCCGAAGCGUGCAGUGUUCUAUGCAGAGCGCUACGAGACAUGGGAAGAGGACCAGACCACCCCAUAUCACUACAACACCCACUACUCCACCGCUAACUCCACCCUGCUCUGGCUGCUCAGGAUAGAGCCUUUCACCACGUUCUUCCUGAAAGCUAACAACAACAAAUUUGACCAUCCAGACCGGACCUUCUCAGCCAUCACCCGCUCCUGGAGGCACUGCCAGAGAGACACCUCAGACGUCAGGGAGUUGAUUCCAGAGUUCUACUACCUGCCGGAGAUGUUUGGUAAUAGUAAUGGUUACCACCUGGGCCAGAGGGAGGACGGCAAGAUGGUGUGUGAUGUAGAGCUGCCUCCCUGGGCCAACAAGCCUGAGGACUUUGUCAGGAUCAACCGGAUGGCCCUGGAAAGUGAGUUUGUGUCGUGUCAACUGCAUCAGUGGGUUGACCUUAUUUUUGGCUACAAGCAGCGUGGGCCUGAGGCGGUGCGCGCCCUCAAUGUCUUUCACCAGCUGACCUACGAGGGUUCCGUCAGCCUGGACAGCAUCACUGACCCCGCCCUCAGAGAGGCAAUGGAGAAGCAGAUUCUGAUUGUUGGACAGACUCCGUCUCAGUUGCUCAUCGAGCCACAUCCUCCUCGCAGCUCGGCCAUGCACCUGUGUUUCCUUCCCCAGAGUCCUCUGAUGUUCAAGGACCAGAUGCAGCAGGAUGUGAUCAUGGUGUUGAAGUUCCCCUCCAACUCCCCGGUGACACACGUAGCAGCCAACACCCUGCCACACCUCUCUGUCCCUGCCGCUGUCACCGUCACCUGCAGCAGACUGUUCGCUGUCAACCGCUGGCACAACACUGUCGGUUUGAGAGGAGCGCCAGGUUACUCCCUGGAACAGGCCCACCACCUGCCCAUAGAGAUGGACCCUCUGAUUGCCAACAACUCUGGGAGUAACAAGCGUCAGAUCACAGACCUGGUGGAUCAGAGCAUCCAGAUCAACACACACUGCUUUGUGGUUACCGCCGACAACCGCUACAUCCUGGUCUGUGGCUUCUGGGACAAGAGUUUCAGAGUCUACUCCACCGAGACAGGUAAGCUGACCCAGAUAGUGUUUGGCCACUGGGACGUGGUGACAUGUCUGGCCAGGUCAGAGAGCUACAUCGGGGGAGACUGCUAUAUCGUGUCAGGGUCCAGAGACGCUACUCUGCUACUGUGGUACUGGAGCGGACGACACCACAUCAUAGGAGACAACCCCAACAACAGUGACUACCCGGCACCGCGAGCUGUGCUGACCGGCCAUGACCAUGAGGUGGUGUGUGUCUCUGUGUGUGCCGAGCUGGGACUGGUCAUCAGUGGAGCCAAAGAGGGUCCGUGUCUGGUCCACACUAUAACAGGGGACCUGCUGCGGGCCCUGGAGGGCCCAGAUAACUGCCUGUGUCCCCGCCUCAUAUCAGUGUCCAGCGAGGGCCACUGUAUUAUCUGCUACGAGAGAGGACGUUUCUGUAACUUCAGCAUCAAUGGAAAACUACUGGCUCAGAUGGAGGUCAACGACUCAACACGGGCCAUUAUGCUGAGUAGUGAUGGUCAGAACCUGGUGACGGGUGGAGACAACGGGGUAGUGGAGGUGUGGCAGGCCUGUGACUUCAAACAGCUCUACAUCUACCCAGGCUGUGAUGCUGGUGUCCGCGCAAUGGACCUCUCUCACGACCAGAGGACUCUCAUCACUGGCAUGGCAUCCGGCAGUAUUGUGGCGUUCAACAUCGACUUCAACCGGUGGCACUACGAGCACCAGAACAGAUACUGAGGGUUACAGAGACAGAGAGGCAGUACAACAUGGCCGCAGGUUUGGAGGACACCUGUUAACCAACUACACAGG